AGAUUCCUCUAGAACCCAUUUUCAGAUGUCUCGUCAGAUCUCCGGCCAACCCUCUCGUCGUCUCAUCGUCUCCAAUGCUGCUUCUUCUCCUUCUCUCUCUGGCGGCUUUCCAGAUCAAUAUUUAGAUGAUGGAGCUCAAGGUAAAGAGGAGUUGGAAGCUGAAACAGAACAGGAUCCAAUCAACUUAGCUGAUCCAGACAGCUGUUUCUGUGAGUUUCAAGGUGUUCAUAUACACCACAAAGUGUUUGAUCCACAGACAUUCUCUGAUGAUGUUUCAACCACAAGCCUCAAUGCUCAAGAAACACCAAAAACCGAGUUUCCGAUGAUUCUAUUGCACGGCUUUGGCGCUUCUGUGUUCUCCUGGAACAGAGUUAUGAAGCCUCUGGCUCGGCUCAUCCGUUCAAAAGUUCUGGCCUUUGAUAGACCAGCAUUUGGCUUGACUUCUCGGAUUUUUCACCCGUUUAGUGGUACUACCAAUGAUGCAAAACCAUUGAAUCCCUACUCCAUGGUGUAUUCCGUGCUCACUACAUUGUAUUUCAUCGAUUUUCUUGCUGCCGAUAAGGCGAUUCUUGUGGGGCAUUCUGCAGGUUGCCCUGUAGCUGUAGAUUCUUACUUUGAAGCCCCGGAGCGUGUUGCUGCUCUCAUUCUCGUCGCUCCAGCUAUAUUCGCUCCUCGUCCUGUGACCACAACUGAUGCUGGAGAUAACAGUGGCAAAGAAGCUCCCACAAGCAACUUUCUAGGGACUCUAGUUGAGUUAACCAAAGGCGUUAUAAGAGCAAUUUUGAGAGCGGUAACGGGAAUGGCAAAUAUGCUGAAUUCUCUCUACAAGAAAGCUUUAGCAGCUUUCCUCAGGUCCUUUCUUGGAGUAAUGCUGGUGAGGAUGGCAAUCAAUAAAUUUGGAGUAACAGCUGUUAGAAACGCAUGGUAUGACUCGAAACAAGUGACGGAUCACGUCGUCCAGGGUUAUACAAAGCCUCUAAGAGCCAAGGGAUGGGACAAAGCUCUAGUGGAAUUCACAGUCGCUACACUAACAGAUAAUAAUGGCUCAGAGAAAAAACCCCCAUUGUCGAAAAGACUCCAAGAAAUCAAAUGUCCCGUUCUGAUUGUGACGGGAGAUACGGACAGGAUUGUGCCAGGUUGGAACGCAGAGAGGCUGGCACGAGCCAUACCGGGAUCGGUGUUCGAAGUAAUUAAGAAAUGUGGUCAUCUUCCUCAAGAGGAAAAGCCAGAUGAGUUCAUAUCUAUUGUUGCAAAGUUUCUAGGGAAUGCUUUUGGAGGGUCACAACAACAAGUGGACUUGAAGUUCCAAGGGAUUGUAUCAUGAAAUAAAACUAUAUUUUUUUA